AUGGCUAAAAAGAAGAGAAAAGGCGGGAUAAAAGUUAGUGAUCUGCUGAAUGAUUUCGCACAGCGGACGACAACUCACGGAGUAGCUCGAAUCGCUGCGUCGAAUACGUGCUUUCGACGAACAGCCUGGAUUGUUGUAGUACUUGGCGCUUUUACUGGCUACAGUCUCCAUGCAGGCUCUCUGAUCGCGAGAUUCCUACGAUACGAAGUCGCUAUAAAGAUGGAAGUUGUAUCUGAAGAUUCGAUCUAUUUCCCAGCUGUCACUGUGUGCAAUUCAAACAAGUUAAGAUUGUCUGCUAUUUUGAACAGUACGUACAAAGAUCUUGCGCAAGUAAACGAACCACAUUUCUCUUUCACGUAUCGCGGUAAGUAG